AUGGCUCCAAAGGCGUCCAAGUCAGCGGCCCCUAAGCCAGCGGCGGCACAAGCCUCUGGUGCUGCUUCAGCAUCAGGCUCUCACGCAGCCAAUGCCCCACUGCUCCCGGCCAAGCGUUCGGCCCCUCCCUCGCCCUCUACCGAAGCCUCUCCUGUCCGGCCCGCUUCCGCGCCCGCCACACCGGCAACACCAGAGCCCGCCACACCACUGACACCGACACUUCCCGGCACUGCCGCUCCUGGGACCACGUCGCCUCCAUCCAAGGCUCCGGCGCCUUUCCUUCUUCGCCGCCGCUCUGGCGGGGGUGCUCGCUCCAGCGGGCCCGCUCCGCUGCACAUUGCGAUCCACAAAUACUGUGAGGAUGGCAGCACCUGCCAUGAGUCUUUCGAACCCAAUGCUGCUGCAUAUAUCCUCCUGCUUCAACAGGCUGGAAACAAGGCUGCGCCUUCGGUUCUCUACCAACUCAAGACAAGCCUGGAGAAGUAUAUCGCGGCCAUGCACCAACAGGACACUGCAAUGCCGGCAAGUCUCAUGGAUUUGGCUGAUAUGUGCCAGCUCUGCUGGACCUUGGGCGCAGCACCUGGAUGGCAGCGUGCCCUGUACGCUGGCGGCAGUGAGGCGGUUGCUGCGGCUUUGCACCACCUCCACGCCUUCACUGCGCACCAAGUCGCCACCUUGUAUCCGGCUCAUCGUGUCUUGGACGUCCACGUUCACGGCACCAACCUGACGCUGGCUGAUGCAGCGCAAUUUGUCAAUUGGCAGCUCCAUAUGCAGCCCGGGCAGCAUCCAAGCAUGUCCAUUGCAGAAGCCGUUGCUCCUGGCGGCAACACGCAUCCCACCAUCACCGUGCAGAGCAGCCAGGAGGGGACAGACAUGUUCCAACUUCAAAUCAGCGGAAACACAUACCCGCUUCGCCACCAGCUGCACGCCCUGGGCCUUGCCGCUGAGACCACCCCGACCGGAUAUGUGCGGCGCUCCACGCCGUUGGAGGCAUCGGCCCUCGUCUCCUGGGCCAAGGAUCUCGCUCCCACCUUCCAGAACUCGUACUACCUCUGCAAAUCUGAGCCGGGAGUGGAUCCAGCACUGGUUGUUGAGAUCCGAGCAGCCCUGGCA